CGUUCCUUUGCCUUUCCGUGCUACUCGGCGAGUAUUCGCCACCUCUCCUCCGGUCUCCACCCCCUCCCCCCCUCUCUCCUCCCCCCUCGGUGCAAACCGCGAAAAUAGCAGCCGCCCGUCCGCACCCUCCUCCCCCCCGCCGCGAUGAGCGACAGCACUGAUUCCGACCACGACCUCACGCCCGCCGAUGGCGCCAACGGCGACGAGGCGCAUCAACCCGAACCGCUGGCCGUGAAGGAGGAGGAGGAGGAGGAGGUGCCCAUGGUGGCCGACGAGUUCAAGGACGCGCCCGUCUCCCCCGAAACGAACAGCGACGGCGAGGGCGAGGACUCCCCGGAUCGGGCGGAGCGCCCCAAUGCGGGAGAGGGGCGGAAACCCGCGCCGCCUGACGCCGGGGGCGACGAAGGGGAGGAGGUGACCGUGGGCGUGAAGGUGGAGACGAACGGCGAGGACGCCAUGAGCCACGACGGUGACGAGGAGGACGGCGAUGACGAGGACGACGACGAUGACGACGAGGAGGAGGAAGAGGACGACGACGACUCCACCCCUGAUGCGUCGCCGAGGGCGGAGGUGAAGGCGGAGGGCGACAGCUCGACUGGGUUGGCGCCGUGCUCCAGCCAGCCGGUGGAGCCAGACCCCUUCCUCGACGGCCAUGACUCCGGGACGGAGGAGGAGCAGACGGCGUUCAUGGCCGAGCUGGAGCGCUUCCACAGAGACCACAAUCUCGAGUUCAAGCCGCCCAAGUUCUACGGCAAGGGCCUCAACUGCCUCAAGUUGUGGAGGCAGGUCGCCCACCUGGGAGGCCAUGAGCAGGUAACGGUUUGUAAGCUGUGGCGACAAGUUGGGGAGACUUUCAGGCCACCAAAGACCUGCACUACGGUCUCUUGGUCAUUUCGAAUUUUCUAUGAGAAGGCGCUCCUUGAGUAUGAAAAACACAAAGUUCGAACUGGCCAGUUUAAACUCUCAUUAUCUGCUUUACCACAAUCUGGUGGUAUUGACCGCGAGAUGGGUGUGAAUCCAUCAUCUUCUGCCAGAGUUAGAAGGGAUGCUGCAGCAUGUGCUAUGCAGGGUUGGCAUGCACACCGUCUCCUCUCCAACGGCAUGUAUGGAGAUCACAUGUUAAAGGACAAAGAUUCAAUACCCCUUCCAAGUCGUGAUAAGAAUCUAAAAGGCUUUGGGGUACUCAAGAGGAAGAAAGCAUCUAGUCCAGAGCGUGCUUUCAAGGUGUCUCGCUCAAAAGUAAACAAGUCACAGGAAGAUUCUAUGGUCAUUGAUGUUGGAGAGCCUGCCGAUUGGGUGAAGAUUAAUGUUCGUCAGACUAAAGAAUGCUUUGAAAUCUACGCGCUUGUUCCUGGGCUUCUACGGGAAGAGGUGCAUGUUCAGUCAGAUCCUGCUGGACGUCUGGUUAUAACCGGGGACCCUGACCAGCCUGAUAACCCUUGGGGCAUCACCCCAUUCAAGAAGGUGAUCAACUUGCCACUAAGGAUUGAUCCGCAUCAAACAUCCGCUGUUGUUACGCUUCACGGCCAGCUAUUUGUGCGUGCGCCAUUUGGGCAUCCAGACAUGUAGAUAUGCCUUCUUUUCACUUCAGUUUCCUUCGGCUGCAGUGCCUCUGUACCAGUGGUUUUCAUGGACAUUCCUAGGUUCGUGUUUGGCUAUGUCAGCUAUUUCUUGCUUCAACACUGAAACUCAAUUCUGGUUUGAUGCCAGAGGUUCUGUUUGCUAUGCAGGUUUUAGAAAAAAAUUGUUGCAGAAGUAGGAUUCAGUUUGAAGAGAUGCACCACGCCGAGCUGACAUAGUAGAACUUUGCUGCAACCGAGUGCCGGCUGCAAUCUGUUCUAUGUGUGUGUUUAUAGGAAUGCACAUAAAUUAGCUGCUCCAUGCCUGGAUUUUAAUUUUUAGUGACUGAUAUUCUUUCCUUUUUUUUUGGGAGAGAUUAGAGAGGGGAAGGGAAAGGAGACAAAGCUGGAAGUAGGUUAAAUUAAGGAUUAGUUUCUCUACUUUCUUUAAUGUUUUUCCCUAUGUUUAUAAAAUGUCUACACGGCAGUGCAGUCUUGAGCCAGAAUUGUUUGUAUACAUCGAUUCCUCUUUUUUAACUUCUUCUCAGUUGACUA